AUGCCGCCCUCACUAUGCGUAAGGUGCAACUCACAAAAGGCUGUCGUCAAGCGGCCCAAGAACCACCACAAACUUUGCAAGGAGUGCUUCCUGGCAGUGUUUGAGGACGAAGUUCAUCACACCAUUAUCUCAUCCAACCUAUUCUUUCGAGGCGAAAAGAUCGCCAUCGGUGCAUCAGGCGGCAAGGACUCAACUGUCCUAGCUUCGGUGCUCAAGACACUCAACGAAAGACACGACUAUGGACUCGACCUCGUACUACUCAGUGUGGACGAAGGUAUCAAGGGAUACAGAGACGACUCGCUCGAGACUGUCAAACGCAAUGCAGUACAGUAUGAGAUGCCCCUACAAAUCGUUGGCUACGACACACUAUAUGGCUGGACCAUGGACCAGGUUGUCGAGACCAUCGGGAAGAAGGGAAAUUGCACCUACUGUGGUGUUUUCAGACGACAAGCCCUCGACCGUGGCGCAAAAAUGCUAGAGAUCAAGCAUGUCGUCACUGGCCACAACGCCGACGACAUCGCCGAAACAGUUCUUAUGAACCUGCUUCGAGGAGACCUGUCGCGCCUGUCAAGAAGCACUAGUAUUGUAACGGGGAAUUCCUCCAAUGACGUCAAGAGAAGCAAACCGCUCAAGUACGCCUACGAAAAAGAAAUCGUCUUGUACGCACAUCACAAAAAAUUGGACUACUUCAGCACCGAAUGCAUUUACAGUCCCGAGGCCUUCCGCGGAACAGCGAGAAGUUUAAUCAAGAAUCUUGAGAAAGUCCGGCCCAGCGCUAUUCUGGACAUCGUUCGCAGCGGCGAGGACCUUGCUCGCCUGACCCCGGACAAAGGCCAGGCAGCAUGUGCGUGCGACGAAGGGGAAGGUGCUGGCGGCUGUGGUUCUGCGAAUGCACGAACCUCUGGAGGCGAGCUGGCACAGAUGGAAGCUAGUCUCGGGCAGCAGAGCGACAAUACCGCACUUGAGACCGAGAUCACGUCAAAACCCAACGAGGCCGCUGUCAAGCUGCCCGUCCGACCAAGGCAACGUAAAGGUCAAAGACGAGAGCCGCCGGCCCUGCAGACGCUCGGCAGAUGUGUUCGCUGCGGCUACAUGUCGAGUCAAGAAAUUUGUCAGGCAUGCACAUUGGUAGAGCGGCUGAACAAAAACAGAGCAGAUAUAGCAAUAUAA